AUGCCAAUUAUUACUAAACCAGAAUAUUGCCCUUCUCCCUUUGUUUUAUUUAAAAAUUCAAGUACUGGAGAAGAUGAAUGUGUUUGUGUUAGGCCUAGAAAUGCGAAUUUGGAGGAAGAAGGAAGUACUUGUGAAUUACAAGAAUCUAACUGUCCAGAAGAAAUAUGCCAAAAUGGUGGAGAAUGUGUACAGUUGGGAAUGAAAGCUUUUUGUAUUUGUCCAAGCGAUUUUAUUGGGAUAUAUUGUGAACAACAUAAAAAUAAUGAAAAUAAAAUAAUUAAUAAUUCUUUAAAUGAGAAUAAUAAUAUUUCUUCUUCAAAAAUAAUUUCAUUAAUUCCUACUAAAGAAAAAGAAUGUAAAGUAAAGGGGAAAAAUUGUUUAAAUGGAGGAAUAUGUACUUUUUCUAAUUUGGAAAAUAAUGAAUCUUUUUGUAAAUGUACUGAGAAAUUUACUGGUACAUAA